AUGCAUACAGCACCAACAACACGUUCAGAUUCUUAUUCAGAAUCGGUCCAACGUGGAUGGCAACAACGACCAUUAAGUAAUGAUUCAUAUUCAAGAAGUCCAAAACAAGAUCGAAAUAAUGCUACACGAGUACCACUUAAUUAUAAAAAUAUACCAGAAGAUAAAGAAACACAAGAUCCUGCUUUAUAUCCAUUUCGUCGACGACAACAACAAACGGAUAAUUUAGUGAAAAACUUCGCAUCUGCUUCAUCAUUUUUCAAUGUACCAUCGAAACCACGUGAAGUUUCAUUAAGAGUCAAAUUUAUACGUCUUGGAGAGGUAAAUACAUUGCAGGAAAAAUUUUAUGCUGAAGUUGUUAUUGAAGCACGAUGGUUAUACGAUGGUCAAGAUCAAUUAACAUCGGCAUGGAAUCCUAAUUUAUUUGUUAAAAAUGCUCUCGGUGAUGUCAAACAAGAAGUUGCUAGUGAAUUGGUGACAACAAAUCCUGGUGAAUCUUAUAUGGAUACUCUUUUAGUACCCACAUCGACUAAUGAUUCUCAUAUGUUACAACAACAACAGCAGCAACAGGGUACUUAUUAUGUAUGUGAAAUACGAAAAGUUGUCGGUACAUUUUGGGAAAAAUUAGAAUUAAAUAAUUUUCCAGCUGAUAUACAACAAUUAUCAUUACAAAUUGUUACUCGUCGUCCAAUUGAAGAAUGUGUUUUAGUAGAAAAUCGUUUACAACCAUCAUUAGUUAAUAGAGAAGCAUUUUUAGCUACAUGUUGUGUUAGUAGACGUCCUGGCUACUUCUACUGGAACGUUUAUUUACUUAUAUUUUUAAUAACACUUAUUGCAUUAACCGUCUAUGCUGUUGCACCAGAAUUACCUCAAAACAGACUUCAAAUAACAGCUACCCUUCUGUUAACAUCAAUUAUGUUUCGUUGGUCUGUCUCUCGUUUAUUACCACCUGUCUCUUAUUUGACUUUGUUAGAUAAAUAUACGCUCAUUUCACUCGUAUUUAUAUCGUUAAAUUCUAUUUGGCACAGUAUUGUUGGUUAUUUAAUUCCAAAAAUUGGCUUAUCAAAAUCUAUCGACUAUUAUGUUUUACUUAUGUUUUGUGCUUUAUUCAUUAUUUAUCAUAUUUUAAUGGGUUUACUAUUGUAUUUUGCAUUUCGACGACGUCAAAUUAUGUUAGAAAGUGAUAAAAAAUAUGCAUCAAAACUAGCGAGCAUGUAUGAAACAUUUGAACAAGGACAUUUACAUGUACAACGAUUUAAAGAACGAUCAUCAUCUAGUCGAUCAAAUCUGUUUGUUUAG